AUGACUAUUCGUAUUCACCAUCAAGCCAAGCCCACCAAUCUCUUAAAAUCUAUAUAUGCAACACCUCUAAACGUUCACAAAAACAAUUCAGGUCUAACGCUAGACCUUUCCUAUAUUACUAACCAAGUAAUAGUAUGUUCAUAUCCGGUAACUAGGUAUCCCAAGUUGAUGUACAGGAAUAGCCUCGAAGAUUUAGUUACAUUUCUUAAUAUACAGCAUGGACCCGAGAGUUGGAAGUUGUACAAUUUUAAGAUUGAGGGGGGCAGAUCAGAUUAUCGAGACGAAGAAUUAAUGGAAUUGGUAGGUGCGCAAAAGACUAAAUGCAUUCCCCCUAAUUGUGAUGGUUCUACUCUAGCCGCCGAUCUAGAUCAAUUUUUGAAUAGAGUGGGAUGGAUGGACCAUAGUCCACCUCCAUUUCUGCUACUACAAAAUAUUAUCGAUGACAUUCAGGACCAAUUGAUUAAAUCAGGAUCUAGUGUCGCAGUGCUGCACUGUAAGAUGGGAAAAGGUCGCUCGGGAACUAUUUGCAUUGCAUAUCUGAUGAAAUAUUUGGAAAGUCCCCUAUCAGAAAGUAGAGACAUAUUCAUGAAUGGUAGGUUCAAACCGGGUGUCAGCAGAGGCGUUACAAUUUUAUCACAGUUAAGGUGGUUGAGAUAUCACGAAAUGUUUCUUUACUACGAACCCGGAUUAAGACCAGAUAUUCUCGAUCAAUUAUCACAAUCUAAAUUUAAAUUGCACACAAUCCAACUUAACGAACCCUCCAGUAUCCUCUUCGCUAGACCAUGUUCUGCAUGCAUUAAGAUACAGACAUUUAAUGAAUCGAGGGAUUCAGUAACAGAUUUGGCUACGUUAGAAACCGAUGAAGAACUUUUAUGUCGGUCAGAUGAGGAUAAAACCAUUACCAUAUGUUUUCCAUUGGAGUUGCACAUCAGCGAUAUAAGGUUAGAAUUUGGCAUCUCAGCAAGAUCGCCUACUGUGAUGAAUAAUUUUACGGCACUCGCAUCUUAUGCCCAUUGUUGGUUAAAUCUCUAUUGGGAGACACUGAAAUGUAGUAGAAUUGGUUCUAAGGACCACUACAUGCUUUCCAAGCUUCUACACGAACAAGACAGUGGUCAGAACUUUGACUUUGUCAUAAAAUGGCGUGAGUUGGACGGUACUGGCGGCACUAGUAAUCGUGGUCUCAAACUCUUCGAAUCACUAACAAUGAAAUGGUCACUCAUACUGUGA